AUGUCAAUUACACAUAAAAGAAUAAGAAAGCCAACAUUAAAGGGGAUGGCAGCUUUCGAUGAAAAAGUCGUAAACUUUGAAAAGAGAUCGUCGACCAGAUAUGGUGAAAUUUCAUUAUUAUUGAAAAAAGAUGUCAGUACAGAUGUCAGUGUCACAUCUCUUAACAAUCUUGAUGAAAAUAUAAAAGCCAGUUAUGAAGAAUAUUUAUCUCUUGCUAAAGUGUAUAGUGACUUCUUAAUUGCAUCUAAUACAGAGAAAAGCCUUCGUCUGAAUGAACAUUUCAAGGCAAAAUUAGUUGAACUUGACAAAGAAAUUUCUAGUUUCGCAGACAUUGUGCAAAAAACAAAACAACAAAUCCUAGAACAGUUAAUGAAAGGAUCACAUGUGUCGUCCGAUAAAUUGUCUGUGAAAGGUUCACAAGUUUCAUCAAAAAAGUCUUCGAUGAAAGGAUCCCAUGUUUCAAGUAAGUCUUCUAAGACUAUUGAAAUAUUAACUGCUAAGUACGCUGAGGCCCAAGUUGCUAAAACAAAUGCACAAUAUGCUGAGGAAGAAGCAACGUUACUUAAACAGAAAGCUCAACUGGAACAUCAAACAAAAAUAGCUACAGCAGACAACGUGAGAAAAUUAACUGAAUUAGAAAGUGACUUAAAUGUGUUGUCUUUAAAAAAAGCAGCAGCGGCUGCCCAAGCUGAAGUGGAUGCUUUGGAAAGAAUGUCGCAUAGAGAUAAUGAAAGCAUGGUUGAUGUAAGUGUAAAAGACCUGAAUUUACAAAAACUACCAGAUACUAACACAGAAGAUAAAGUUACAGGUUUCCUUAAUCAAAUACAAAAUGUAGCUCCUGAAACAUCGUCUGAGCAGAAAUUUCCGGUUUCAGAAACUCUUACGAAUUAUAUUCUGAAAAAAGAACUUGUAUUUUCAAGAGUAACUAGUUUCAAUGAUUCUGCAGAAACAUAUCAGUCAUGGAAAAGCAGCUUUAAGCAAGUUACUUCAGAGUUGUCAGUAAAUCCCCCAGAAGAGAUUGACUUACUUAUAAAAUGGCUUGGUCCAGAUUCCAAGAAACACGCACUAAGUCUGAAAUCAGCAUACAGGAAAGAUCCCAGACUAGGUCUUCAAAAAAUUUGGGAACGUUUGGACGAAAGAUAUGGGUCGCCUGAGAUUGUCCAUAAAAUUAUAAUGAAAAAACUUGAGAAAUUUCCAAAGCUGUCAAAUAGUGAUAACACUAAGUGGUAUGAACUAUCAGAUAUAGUGGCAGAAAUAAGAGCCUUCAAAGAAGAUGUUGAAUUUGAAACACCUUUAGCGUACUUUGAUUCAGCAGUGGGAAUAUCUCCCAUUCUAGCAAAACUACCCUUGAACAUUCAAGAGAGAUGGGCUUCAAAAGCAAACAGUUACAAGGAAACAAACAACGUUCAUUUUCCCCCAUUCUCAUUGUUUGCCACCUUCAUACACGAUCAAGCAAAGAUCAAAAAUGAUCAAAGUCUCCCUUCUUGUGAUCGUCAAAAAAUUACCGCUAAUGGUACAUCUGAUUUUAGAAAACCGGUUAAUGCUAGGAAAACUGAUGUCACAGACCGCAAGUCUAUGGAGGAAUUCUGCCCAUUACAUAGGAGAAAUCACAGUCUAAAUAAAUGUCGAGCAUUCAAAUCAAAAAGUAUUAGUGAAAGAAAGCAAUUUCUGAAAAAUAAUAGAAUUUGUUUCAAGUGUUGUGAUUCAAAUAGGCAUCAAGCAAAAGAGUGUCGUAUUUCAGUAAAAUGUAGUGAUUGUGGUAGUUCAAAUCACACUGGUGCUAUGCAUGUGACAAGUUCAAGUCCUCCACAACAGAAUGGCGGGGAGCGAGAAGGAACAAAUGAUACUGUUCAUAACAAAUGUACACAGAUUUGUGGCAACGGACAUGGAAAAUCUUGUGCUAAAUUUGUACUAGUUAAUGUUUUUAGUUCUGAAAACCCAUCAAUUGUUGUCAAAUGUUAUGCAAUGUUAGACGAACAAAGUAACAGGUCACUUGUUAAACCAGAGUUGUUUACACUUUUAGAUAUAGAUAGUCAAGAGUUUGAGUACACACUAAAUUCUUGCGCUGGCACACAUGUUACACGUGGUCGCCGAGCCUCUAAUUGUGUCAUUCAGUCCGUAGAUGGUUCUGUUAGUUACGACUUGCCCACACUCAUUGAAUGUUCAGACAUCCCAAACAAUCGUGAAGAGAUCUGUUCUCCUCAUGAUGCAAGUUGCCAUCCACAUUUAUCCCCCAUUGCUGGCUACAUACCAGACAUUGAUGAUAAAGCUGAAACUUUGCUACUGAUAGGUAGAGAUCUUGUAGAAGCACAUCAUGUAAAUGAUCAAGUCUUAGGUCCCCCUGGAGCGCCUUUUGCUCAGAAGCUAGGGCUAGGAUGGGUAGUGAUUGGUGAGGUAUGUAUUGGUAAAGUCCAUGCUCGGGAUCAAGUAAAUGUCAACAAAACUCAGAUUUUGAACAAUGGUCGCCCGUCAUUGUUUCAGCCAUGUAGUAAUAGAUUUGUUUUAGAUGAAAGAGUUUGUAGCUUGUAUGACCCUGUAUUUGUUCAAGAGCCGAAUGAUGAUAAGUCUUCCUUUUCUGUAGAGGACAGAGAAUUUUUGAGUAUCAUGGAUAAUGGUUUUAAGAAAACCACUAGUGGUAAGUGGACUGCUCCACUCCCUUUCAAGACCCCUAGGCAGAGGUUACCCAAUAACAAAUCUGAAGCUCUUAGACGAGCUAAGUUUUUUCAUACUAGCUUGCAGAAGAAUCCUGAAAAGAAGGAACAUAUGACAGAGUUCAUGGGCAAAAUACUGUUAAACGGUCAUGCUGAAGUUGCACCAGAUUUACUAGAUGGGGAGGAAUGUUGGUAUUUACCAAUAUUUGGUGUUUAUAAUUCAAAAAAGCCUGGUAAGAUCAGAGGGGUUUUUGACUCGUCAGCUGCAUAUCAGGGAGUAUCUUUGAAUUCAGUGUUGUUAACAGGUCCAGACCUUACUAACAACUUAUUAGGCGUUUUGAUGAGGUUCAGGAGAGAACUUGUAGCAGUUGCUGCAGACAUCGAACAAAUGUUUUAUUGUUUUGAGGUUAAUAAGGAACACCGAAACUUUUUGCGGUUCCUUUGGUAUCAAGACAACGAUACAGAGAAACCUUUGAUAGAAUAUCGCAUGUGUAGGCACGUUUUUGGUAAUAGCCCCUCUCCUGCUAUUGCCACAUAUGGUCUUCGCAAAUCAGUAGAGAACAGUGAGGAAGAUGUUAAAGACUUUGUUUACAAUGACUUUUAUGUAGAUGACGGUCUAAUGUCUCGGUCCUGUCCAGAAGAAGCAGUAGACUUAAUGAAACGGUCUCAGGUAGCUCUUAGGCAUAGUUCAUUGCGUCUACAUAAGGUAGCAUCUAAUGAUGUAGAGGUAAUGAAAUGCUUUCCAGUUGAUGAUCUUGCUAAAGAUUUGAGAAGUUUGAACUUUGAGAAAAAUUUACCUAUGCAGCGUAGCCUGGGCCUUGAGUGGGAUUUGAACUCUGAUUCGUUUGUUUUUGUGGUUGAAACACCACACAAAACUCCUACGAGAAGGAACGUCUUGUCUACGGUUAAUUCAGUGUUUGACCCUAUAGGUUUUCUAGCUCCUUUCACCAUAGUAGGGAAACUUAUACUCAGAGAUAUAGUGACCGAACAUAGUGACUGGGACAAACCAUUGUCCACAGCUUUAGAGGCAAAAUGGCUUCACUGGAAGAAUUUACUCCAUCUUUUGAGUAGCUUGCAAAUACCUCGAAGUUACUUUUCAGUAUCACUCAGAGUUAUCACUGAUUUAGAAUUGCAUGUAUUCUGUGAUGCAUCAGAACAGGCAAUAUCAGCAGUAGCAUAUUUGGUAGGACAUACAAAUGACUGCACCUCCCAUGUAGCUUUUGUUAUGGGAAAGUCAAAAGUCGCUCCGACUAAAGGUCAUACCAUCCCUCGUUUAGAGCUCUGUGGAGCCGUUCUUGCUGUAGGUAUUGCUCAAACAAUAGUUGAUCAGUUGAGAUUAGAAUUAAGUCUGAUUAGGUACUAUACAGACAGUAGGAUCGUUUUAGGUUACAUUCACAAUCAAACUAGGCGUUUUUUCACUUAUGUUAGCAAUCGUAUACAAAAGAUUAGACGUGUUAGUGAACCAAAGCAAUGGAAUUACAUUUCGUCUAAUGUUAACCCUGCAGAUAUUGGAAGCAGAGGUGCUUCUCCUGAUGAGUUGCAACGUAGUUCAUGGUUUUUAGGUCCAACUUUCCUACGUAAUCAGUCUGAGUCAAUUCCAGAGUUCUUUCCCAUUGUUGACCCAGAUCAGGAUAAAGAAGUCCGUUGUAAUGUGUCAGUCAAUGUUGCUAGUAUUGAAGUUUCAGAACACCUUGGAAGCAGUAGGUUUGAAAAGUUUUCAUCAUGGUCUAAACUUGUUGCAGCUCUUUCUACCUUGAGACAUGUUGCUUGUUCUUACUGCAGUGAGUCACAGUGCAAAGGUUGGCACAGAUGUCCACUUUCUAAGAGUCCAGACUUUCAGUUGCAAACUGAAUGUCUCAUUUUUAAGGUUAUUCAAGGUGAAGUUUACAAGAACGAGGUCAUUUGCUUGAAAGGUCAUCGCAAUAUUGAAAGGGAUUCUUCUAUCUUAGCCCUUGACCCAUAUCUUGAUGAGCAUUGUGUUCUUAGAGUAGGUGGUCGCUUAAGUAGAAGUAGUCUUGAGUCUAGUCAGAAACAUCCAGUAAUUGUGCCAGGAAAACACUGUGUAGCCAAACUUCUAGUCAAUCAUUUUCACACCCUUGUGCAGCAUCAAGGUCGACAAUUGACUGAAGGUGCAGUACGAGACGCAGGUUUCUGGAUAACGGGUGGAAAACGUUUAGUUUCUUCUCAGAUUUACAACUGCAUAACAUGUAAGAAACUAAGAGGCCGGUUCUUAGAACAGAAAAUGUCAGAUUUACCGGUUGAUAGAGUUAAACAGGCAGCCCCUUUUUCUUAUGUAGGUGUCGAUGUUUUUGGGCCCUGGUCAGUGGUGUGUAGACGUACACGUGGAGGUCAAGCUUCAUCUAAAGAUGGGCGGUGUUGUUUACUUGUCUCACAAUAAGAGCAAUUCAUAUCG